AACUACGAGUAAAAUAUGGUCGGUACUGUCGGUACGCGCUUCGCUUUGCUUCGCCACAGUUCGUGUUUAACCGUGACACCACCCUAAGAAUACAAAUAUAGAAAAAAGAAAGCAAAUCUAAAAGAGAAAACGAGUGAGAGAGAAAGGUAGAAAAGAACGGAACUAUCGAGGUUCCGAGUUCUGAAGUUCUGGUUUUGACCACAGCCGUUCAGUCACGCUCAGUCACUAACCAAGUAUCGAAACGAGCAGUUCACUGCUACUUGUGCUUAGCUUCAGAACCCAUUACUUACAAAAGAAUAAAAAUGGUCGUCGAGAUUGAGAGUGUCGAGGAUUUAAAGAGUAAGAUUGAAAAGGCAGGAGACCAGUUAAUUGUCAUUGACUUUUAUGCAACAUGGUGUGGACCGUGCAAAAUGAUUGCACCUAAAAUAGAAGAAUUAUCAAAGGAAAUGCAAGAUGUUAUCUUUGUGAAAGUAGACGUCGAUGUCCGUGAAGAUAUUGCUACCGAUUAUGAUAUCAACAGUAUGCCUACCUUUGUUUUUAUCAAGAAUGGCAAAGUGGUGGAGUCCUUUGCCGGUGCUAACUAUGACAAAGUUAAAGACACAAUUCUAAAAUAUAAGUGAAUAUAAAAUUGAUUUCGAUAAUAAAAUUUUGUUAAGCAGAUUUGUCUAUUGAUUAGUAUUAAUCAAUAAGAGCAACUAGCAAAAGCCAUAUAAUCAUUAAAAAUGAAAUUGUGUUUCAUUCUUAAAGUAAUUAAUAAGGAGAUACAGAAUUUUUUGAUAAUGCAUUGCCACUUUUAUUAUACAAAUUUUGUUGCAAAAUAAAAUAUAAUCAGCUUACAAAAAUA